AUGGUCUUAUCAAUAUUUCCAACAUAUGAACGUGUUACAACAGAAAUUCAUGUUCGUAUAUCAGAAUUGCCUCUUAUAGAAGAGUUACGGACUUUCCGGAAACUCCAUCUGAACCAGCUGGUGCGUACUUUGGGCGUGGUAACAGCUACAACGGGUGUGUUACCUCAACUUUCAGUCAUCAAAUACGAUUGUGUGAAGUGUGGCUACGUUUUGGGGCCCUUUGUACAGUCACAGAAUACAGAAGUUAAACCUGGCUCCUGUCCUGAGUGUCAAAGUGCCGGCCCCUUUUCGAUUAAUAUGGAACAUCCAUUAUAUCGGAAUUACCAGAAGAUUACCUUACAGGAAUCUCCUGGUCGCAUUCCCGCUGGUCGGAUUCCGCGUAGUAAGGACGUAAUUCUUUUAGCGGAUCUUUGUGACUUAUGCAAGCCGGGUGAUGAGUUAGAAGUUACUGGUAUUUACACAAACAACUCUGAUGGUUCGCUAAACACUGAGCAAGGGUUUCCGGUUUUCGCCACCGUCAUUAUUGCGAAUCAUAUCGUUGUGAAGGACAGCAAACAAGUAGUACAAUCGCUUACGGACGAAGACAUCGCUACCAUUCAGAAGUUGAGUAAAGAUCCUCGGAUUGCAGAAAGAAUAAUAGCUUCAAUGGCCCCAUCCAUAUAUGGCCACGACUAUAUUAAACGCGCACUUGCGCUGGCUCUAUUUGGUGGAGAGUCUAAAAACCCCGGUGAUAAACACAAAGUUAGAGGCGACAUAAACUUACUUAUAUGCGGCGACCCAGGAACGGCAAAAUCUCAGUUUCUUAAGUACACGGAAAAAAUAGCGCCACGUGCAGUUUUCACGACCGGACAAGGGGCCAGUGCUGUAGGCUUGACUGCUUAUGUUCGUCGAAAUCCAAUAUCGCGUGAAUGGACUUUAGAGGCAGGCGCCCUGGUACUGGCGGAUCAAGGUGUAUGUCUUAUUGAUGAGUUUGACAAAAUGAACGAUCAGGAUCGGAUUCACGAGGCCAUGGAGCAGCAAUCGAUUUCCAUAUCAAAACUUCUAAUCCGAUCGGCGGCAAAUAACACCAACAUCGAGGGACUUAAUCGAAGGAUUGCUGGCAUAACGACAUGCUGCGUAUCGUGCGAUUACGAACAACAAAACACAAACAAAAAGAAGCUGAUUGUCACCGAACCGAACCCUUUUGGAGCCGAAGAUAU